AGAAGGGACCCAAAACCCUCAGAUCCCCUCUCCGACUCCGAUGGACGAUUCCCGGCUGCGAGCCGUCGCCGAAAUCGGCUCUAGACUCGCCAAAAUCUCCCGUCGCAACAAAGAUUCUCUCGCCAAAACUCUCAAACAAGCUUCCAGUUCUUUGUCGCAUAUAGAACAACCGUCGUCUCUCGAAGACGCCGGAAAGGAAGGCGCCAUUCAAAAGUUGCUUGAUGCCACUGAAGAUCUCAGGAGCUCCAUUGUUAAGCCUGAGCUCGCUUCCCACAGAGAUAAAGAAGUUAGACUUCUGAUCGCCGCCUGUGUCAGCGAAAUUUUUCGGAUCCUAGCACCGGAACCGCCUUUUGAAGAUAAACAUCUCGGGGUUGUUUUUGAACUUAUUAUCAGUGUUUUUAAGGACUUAUCUGAUACCAAAGAACCGUAUUUCUCCUGGAGGGUUAAGAUAUUAGAGACUGUUGCUCGAUGUAAAUGUUGUGUAAUUAUGCUGGACAUGGACGGCGAUGAUUUGGUUCUUCAAAUGUUUAAUACCUUUUUCACUGUUGUGAGUGAUUACCAUGGACAGGGUUUAAUUAAUCAUAUAUUGUCUAUCAUGACGGAUAUUUUAUGUGAGGAAGUGUCAUACCCUCUUUUGGAUAUAAUUUUGGACAAUCUCAUAAAGGAGGAUAAGGGUGAACCAUCUGUAGCUUCCCAGCUUGCUGUUUCUGUAAUCAAAAGUUGCCCAGAAAAGCUUAGGCCCUUUGUUUUUGGAUUUUUGACAUCUUGUUUCUCGGAUAGAGAUGCUAUAAAGAGUGAGCUCAAAGAAUCCUAUCAUGAUAUUAUAUUCAAGAUUUCUCAGUGCGUUCCUCAGAUGAUUAUCGCUGUUAUCCCUAAUUUGAUCCAAGAAUUACUGACUGAUCAGGUUGAUGUCCGAAUAAAGGCUGUUGAGUUAACGGGAAAGCUUUUUUCAGUACCAGAAUACCAUGUUGCACAAGGAUUUCACAAUCUUUUUGUAGAGUUCUUGAAAAGAUUCUCUGAUAUAUCUGUGGAUGUUAGGCUUGCUGCAAUAAAAUGGGCUAAAGAUUGUUAUUUGGCAAACCCACUUGGGGCAAAAUCAGAUGAAGUUCUCGCUGCCCUUGAAGGUCGGUUGUUGGACUUUGACGACAGAGUUAGGACACGUGCUUUGAUUGUUGCCUGUGAUCUUGCCAGGUCUAACCUCAAAUAUGUUUCACCCAAACUAAUAUCUGAAGCUACUGAAAGACUUAGGGAUAAAAAGAUUUCUGUUAGAAAGAAGGCCUUGCAAAAGUUGAUGGAAGUGUAUCGAGAUUACUGUAAAAAGUGUGCUGAGGGCCACAUGACAACAUGUGAUCACUUUGAACAGAUUCCUUGCAAAGUUUUGUUGCUUUGCUAUGAUAAAGUUUGUAAAGAAUUUAGACCUCAAAGCCUGGAGCUUGUUUUUGCGGACGAAUUAUUUCCUAGUGAUCUUCCAGUUAAGGAGAGGGCAAGGCACUGGAUCCAUUUAUUUUCUCUUUUCAACUCUUAUCAUGUGAAGGCACUCAACAGUAUUUUAUCUCAGAAACAAAGGUUGCGAAUAGAAAUGAAGAGUUAUUUGUCCCUAAGAAAGAAAGAGAAGGAAAAGAGUUCAGAAGAUAUGCAGAAGAGGAUAAAUAGUUGUUUUGUGAAAAUGUCAACUUCCUUCCCAGAUCCAUCGAAAGCUGAAGAGUGCUUUUAUAAAUUGAACCAAAUGAAAGACAACAACAUUUUCAAUGGAAUGGAGGUGUUGUUGGAUGAAGAGAAAAUAAGUCUCCAGGCCAGCAGAGAUGAAUUUCUAAAAAUGAUAGGAGAUAAGCAUCCACACUUCGAGUUUUUGCAGUUGCUCUCCUCAAAAUGCUUGCUUAAUAUAUUCAGCUCAGAGCAUGUUAGUUGUAUUCUGGAUCACAUUUCCAACAAUGCACUUGGAAGUAAUCAUUUUGAGGCUGUUUCAGUUGAAUUGCUCCUGGUAAUUGUCACCACUUUCCCUACUCUCCUCAAGGGUUUAGAAGCCAAGUUCUGUGCGUUAUUUGAAGAGAGUUAUGUAGUUAAUGAUAAGCUCAUUCAAAUUUUAGAGAAAGCCGGAUCUCAUAUUUCUGUAGAAUUCAGUGGAUUUUACCCUUUUCUGAAGAAGAUAUGUCUUGAAGGAAAUCGCUCCCAGUCCAAACAUGCUAUUUUCGCAAUUGCUUCUGUAAUUGAUACUUCUGAGCAUUUUUAUAUAUUGGAUUUGUGCAAGGAACUUGUUAUUUCUCUGCAUAGUGGAAAGAACGUUCCCACUGUCUUGCAGUCAUUGGGCUGUAUUUCUCAACAUUUUGUUGGGGUUUUUGAAGCUCAAGAUGCACAAAUUACACCAUAUAUUUAUGAAAAUAUCUUUCAGACCAACCCCCUAGAUGAUCUUAUUUCAUUUGAGGAGACUGUUGACUGUUCUGCUUCUUGCAAAUUGAAGAUUUAUGGGCUUAAGACACUUGUUAGGAGUUUUUUGCCGCAUUCAGGAUCUCAUGUCAAUAGGCAAAUUAAUAAAUUGUUGGAAGUACUGUCAAAUAUGCUGCAGAAGGGUGGUAUAUUUGAUGGUACCAUAUCAAGUGAAAUUGACAAGGCCCACAUUAGAUUGGCUGCUGCAAAAUCUGUUCUCUGCCUUUCCAGAAGAUGGGACUUACAUAUUUCUGCAGAUAUUUUUCACUUCACAAUUAUGACAGCAAAAGACUCUUCUGCUUUUGUCAGGAGAUCGUUUCUUGUUAAAACCUACAAACUGUUGAGGGAACAUGUUAUACCUAGUAGAUAUGCAUGUGCUUUUGCUUUGGCAACUUCUGAUUACCUCAAGGAGCUGCAAGAUGAUUCAUUGAAGUAUAUGGCAGAAUUCAUCAAGAAAUAUAGCAGAGAAGCUCAAAAUCAACAAACUUCCAAGGCAGAAGGGGGAUCGAUUACAGAUUAUCCAGCAUAUAUAGUUGUGUACUUGAUCCAUAUUCUUGCUCACGAGACAGGGUUCCCAUCUGAAGGCUGUCAAGAUGAAGAGGUGUAUGCUCUAUUUUGUAGUCCACUUCUUUCAGUCUUGCGGGCGUUAGUCGACCCUAGUGUUGUUGAUGGUGACUUGUAUCUCAUUAAUAAUGCUGCCCUAUAUUUGGUUUGCAUUUUUCGGGCUAUUAAAAGAGCUGAGGAUGCUGUUGAUUCUCAGAGGACUCCUCGGCUGCAUCUCCUAGCAGAUAUUGGAAUAUCAGCAGUAAAUUCUUUGCAUCACAAUGGCACCAGCUCACCACAUGCACCUGGGCUGAUUCUGCUUCCAUCAUCAUUAUAUAGAAUAAAUCUUUCUAAGAAAAGUAUAGAGGAUAAGUCUAGACAUCUUUCUCAAUUCCAUUUGGAGCCAAGUUUUGUGGAGAAAGUCAUUCAUUUUUUCAGAACUCAUGUUUCCCUGCCAGAUACCACUGUUCAUAAACGUGAUAAAAAACCUAAUGAAGAUAGUACAUCAAGCAUGCUAUUCUGCAAGCAAGGUUAUUUGUCAACUAGUGGGACAAUGGAAACUCAAGAGAAACCAAAUAGGCGGGAAAUUAGUUUGAGACUUGGGCAAAAACAAGCUGUCUCUCUAAAUGCACUUGGAUCUGUUGGACUAGACGGUAAGCAUUCUAGUAUUAGGGAGCAGAGAACUAUGGCAUCUAGAAACUCUGAAGCUUCAGUUGAGAAGGAACAACCUUAUUCUUCGUGUGAUUCUGUGAGAAUUGUACCUUCUUUUCCUGAUAUUCAAGUUUCAGAUAAGGGAGUAGAGAAAGGCAUUGCUUUGAAAGAAAAUAUUGAUGUAGGUGGUGGUAUUUCUGUUCAACCUUUUAAGGAUCCUGAAGUGAGGGUUAAGAAACCUCACAGUUCAGAGGUCACAUCUGGCGGUGGUAAAGUUGAAUUGUUAUGCUUGGAGAGCGAGAGCAUGGAGACCAUAAAUGACACUUCCCUGACACAAAGGAAGGGGGUACUGGCUGAUAAGUCAAACAGCUUAUAUUUGCAGCAUUGUGUAAAUACGUCUGGAGAUGUAGCUCCCCAACAGUCAAAGAGCACAUCAAAUGUGGAGACCGAGAAGUCAUCUAGAAAAACAGUUCCUUUGGCUGCCAAAAGAAAGAGGGGAGGUAGAGUUGCUGGAGACCCAUCAUUAUCCAACAUUGCCAAUACAAAUCAAGCUACUGUGAGAACCUCUUUAACUCCUUGUUAAUAUUUCAUCUGUCAUAAGAGCAUACAACUUGGUGGUUGUUUGCUAGAAUGCAGUCUCAGCCGUUUCUGCUUUUGGUUUAAUAAAUUGAGCAUCACAUGCAGGGAAGAGGCUGCUAAAAAAUUGUUGUCUUUUUCAGGGUACCCGAAGAUCUCAGAGACAGAGAGUUUAACUUGUCUUCUUGUUUCAGAAGUUGCCUAAGAUCAUACCUCUUACAAUUUGUAAAUCAUCUGUGUAUACCUAAAGAUAAAAAGGAUAUAACUACCCUAGUUUCAUACUACGUCUUACAGUCUUCAAGUUUAUACAUGUUCCAUGGUCAUCAAUUUGAUACCUGUCUUACCUUCAAA